UGAGCACAAAGGAAUUUAAAGCAGAGGGAGGUUUCAACAAGGAAGACACUAAAACAAGGUGUUAUUUCACAAAGAAUGAUCAACGCCCAUGACAGAACUACCCACCACCAAAAGACCAAGCAGCGUGGGAAAAAGGAGGACUGGACAUGGGAUGACAUCCUGGACGGCAAGGGAUCCUGGACGUGGGAGGAGAUUCUGUCAGGAAAGGAUCGCCUGCCGUGGGAGCGGUGGAAGCAGAGAGGAAGGCGGAGGCAGUGAGAAAGAGGGCCCGGGAUUACACAGGGUCACGGCUGGCACCAAAGACCGGGAGGCCACUCCCCCCCCAAAAUUGGGGGGAACACGGGGAGUUUGGCUGAGUCAGGUUGGACACCUGAGCCAACUCCCCGUGGCGAGCGUCGUGCUGGUCAGGCACCGUGUUAUGCGGUGGAGUGCACGGUGUCUCCAGUGCGCGUUCACAGCCCGGUGCGCUACCUUCCAGCUCCCGAAUUGGCCGGGCUAGAGUGGGCAUCCAACCAGGUCGGAGGAUGCCGGCUCAGCGCAUCUGGCCGCCAGUACGUCUCUAAGGCCCAGGAUAUCCUGCGCCGGCUUUGCGCACUGUGUCUCCGGUACGUCUGCACAGCCCAGUGCGUCCUGUGCCAGCUCCCCGUAUUUGCAGGGUGAAGAUAACCACCAAGCUAGGACGGGUUGUGCAGGCUCUAAGCUCAAGACCUCCAGUGCGCCUCCACGGCCCAGUGUAUCCGGUGCAUCUGCCAAGGACAAAGCCCCCUGUGUGUCUCCCCAGCCUGGUGAGUCCUGUGCCUGCGCCCAGACCUAAGCCUUCUGUAUGUCUCCUCAGCCUGGUGAGUCCUGUGCCUGCUCCCAGAGCCACGCUUCCUGUGUGUCUCUCCACUCCAGCGAUGAUCCAUGGCAAGAAGCCUCCAGUGAUGAUCCAUGGCACGAAGCUUCCAGUGAUGAUUCAUGGCAAGAAGCAUCCAGUAAUGAUAUAUGGCAAGAAGCCUCCAGUGAUGAUCCAUGGCAAGAAGCCUCCAGUGAUGAUCCAUGGCAUGAAGCCUCCAGUGAUGAUCCAUGGCACGAAGCCUCCAGUGAUGAUCCAUGGCACGAAGCCUCCAGCAACGUCCUCCAGUCUGGAGCCUCCAGCGCCAUCCUCCAGUCCGGAGCUUCCAGCAACGGUCUCCAGUCCGGAGCCUCCAGCGACGGUCUCCAGUCCGGAGCCUCCAGCAACGGUCCCCAGUCUGGAGCCUCCAGCGACGGUCCCCAAUCCGGAGACCCCAGCGACGGUCCCCAAUCCGGGGCCCGCAACGAGGGUGCCCAGUCCGAGGCCCGCAAUGAGGAUGCCCAGUCCGGGGCCCGCAGCGAGGGUGUCCAGUCCGGGGCCCGCAACGAGGGUGCCCAGCCCGGGGCCCACAGCGAGGGUCUCCAGUCCGGGGCCCGCAGCAGGGUCCCCAGUCCUGGGCCCGCAGAGAGGGUCCCCAGUCCGAGGUCGGCGGCGAGGGUCCCCACACCAAAGGCGCCACCAAAGCGGGGUGAGCCAGAGGUGGAGCGGGGUCUACGUCCCGCACCAGAGCCGCCACCGCGGAUAGAUGCCCACCCGGACCCUCCCCUAUAGGUUCAGGUUUUGCGGCCGGAGUCCGCACCUUUCGGGGGUGGUACUGUCACGCCCUGACCUUAGAGAGACGUUUUAUUUCUCUAUUUGGUUAGGUCAGUGUGUGAUGUGGGGUGGGAAUACUACGUUCUAUUUUCUAUGUUUUGUAUUUCUUUGUUUUGGCUGGGUAUGGUUCUCAAUCAGGGACAGCUGUCUAUCGUUGUCUCUGAUUGGGAACCAUACUUAGGCAGCCAUUUUUCCCACCUGUCUUUGUGGGUAGUUAACUUUGUUUGUGACACUUAGCUUUGUUUUGUUGGCAACAUUUAUCUUAAAU